CCUGUACAUCUAAGCUAGGUGCACUGCUCUAUAUGUCUCUAAACAUGAGCAAACUCGUGCUACUUUCUCUGGUGUCCUUGGCCACGGCCGCGCCGUUGAUCGUGAAACAGGAUAGCAACGAAUAUCAGCCUCAGUACCUGACUCGGUACCAGCCCGAAUUCCAGCCUCAGCUGUACAGCGGUUUCCAGCCCCUGGAGAGAUCCGACCACGACAGUGCGUCCAGUUCUGGUGGUGGAGGUUACGGCGGUGAUUACGGUGGUAGCUACGGGGGUGACAUUGGCGGAGGCCACGGCGGCGAUUUAGGCGGAGGUCACGGCGGCGAUUUAGGCGGAGAUCACGGCGGAAACUUCGAAGGAUCUUCCGGAGGAUACCAAUCGUCCGACGAUCACUCGAGUUCGGAUUAUUCGUCCUUCGGGGGAGGAUACGGGGGAGGAUACGGAGGAGGAUACGGAGGAGGAUACGGAGGGGGACACGAGGGUGGUGACGAAGGGCAUGGGAUAUCCUUCGACCAUGGACACAGUGUCGUGCAUAGCGAACCCGUGUCCGAACACGUUGAAGUGUCAAAGCCAGUGCCAAUCAAAGUGAUCAAACAUAUUGGAGUACCGGUUCCUCACAUCGUGAAGAUCGCUGUACCCCAUCCGGUGCCCGUCGGCGUGCCCCAUCAGUACCCAGUGGCGCAUCCGGUAGCAAAAGCGGUUCCUGUGCAAGUGAUAAAGACCGUCGCAGUCCCCGUGGAGAAGAAAGUCCCGUUCCCGGUGGAGAAGCAUAUCCCGGUCCCGGUGGAGAAGCCGGUGCCCAUCACGAUCGAAAAGCACGUGCCAGUGCCAGUCUACAAACCCUACCCGAUAAAGAUCCCCGUGUACAAGACGAUCUACCACCACGCGAAGAAGCACUAAAAAUUAGGCACUGACUACACUCGAGUUCGAUUCAACAUCGCGAUGGACUCGAGGUUGCAACGACUCACUGUUUUCCUUCUGUAUAUAUACUAAGCAUUGUUAUUAUUAUAUCUUUUUUAAUUUUAUACAUGUUACUUUUCGUUUUCGAAUAAAAUGCUUA